AUGCCUGACGUCAAGCGAUGGGUCAAGCUCAUCACUCACCAGAAGCCCAUCGCGGAGCCUUCGCCCGUUGAGGGAUACCCCAUGCGAUCAUGGAGCAUAGAGGUCUGGCUGCUGGAUGACCAGGGCAACGAGGUCAUGCCCAGCGUCUUCGAGAAGGCCGUCUACAACCUGCAUCCUUCAUUCGAGAAGAACAAGCACAUCAUCAAGAAGCCGCCGUUCCGCAUCGAUGAGAAGGGUUGGGGUGAGUUCGACAUGAGCAUUGUCUUGUCCGCUGUUGGCAAGGGCGGUGAUCACACCCUCGAGCACGACCUCAACUUCCAGUCGGAGCGUUAUGAGGCCAAGCACCAAGUUACUUUCCGCAACCCCAAGCCUGAGCUCCUCGCCCUCCUCGCCGAGUCUGGUCCCGCCGAGGCCAACGGCAUGCGCAACAAGGACGCCGCCAAGAAGAAGGGCCGGAGAGACAAGAACGUAGACAUGGAGAAGUUGGCCGAUGGACUGCAGAAGCUGGGUGAGGAUGACCUGCUGCACGUGGUCACCUUGGUCCACGACAACAAGACCAGCGAGACGUACACUAAGAAUGACGUCGAGAAUGGCGAGUUCCACGUCGACCUCUACACCCUACCCGAUUCCCUAGUCAAGAUGCUCUGGGACUUCACGUCCUCGAAAGUCGAUUUAUAG